CUAAUUAUUAACUGAACCAGUUUUCCCGCGAUUUGGCGUAAAACUGACGCGUGGUAGGUUAUGUGUUGUGCUCCUCAAAACCGAAUCUGAGAAAAAUGAAAAAAGAAAUAGAAAAAUUUAAAAACUCUUCUCCUCGAAGAAGUUUACCGAAAAUUGUAGUAAGUUUCGCAGAACCCACACAAAUUGCACCAGAACCCAAAAGAGUUCUACCACAACCUAGAAGGGUGUUACCAGAACCCAGAAGAACUAUACCACAAUGUAGGGGAGUUCUACCAGAACCCAGACAAGCUUUACCACAACCCAGAAGAAUUCUACCAGAACCCAGAAGAGUUAUACCACAAUCUAGGGGAGUUCCACCAGAACCCAGAAGAGUUAUACCACAAUCUAGGGGAGUUCCACCAGAACCCAGAAGAGCUAUACCACAAUCUAGGGGAGUUCCUCCAGAACCCAGAAGAGCUAUACCACAAGGUAGGGGAGUUCCUCCAGAACCCAGAAGAGCUAUACCACAAUCUAGGGGAGUUCCUCCAGAACCCAGAAGAGCUAUACCACAAUCUAGGGGAGUUCCUCCAGAACCCAGAAGAGCUAUACCACAAGGUAGGGGAGUUCUACUACAACCCAGAAGAAUUCUACCACAACCUGGGGCUGUUCUACCACAACCCAGAAGAAUUCUACCACAACCUAGGGGAGUUCUACUACAACCUAGAGGAGUUCUACUACAACCUAGAGGAGUUCUACUACAACCAAGAGGAGUUCUACUGCAACCUAGAGGAGUUCUACUACAACCCAGAAGAAUUCUACCAGAACCCAUAAGACCUUUACCACAACUCAGAAGACUUCUACCACAACCUAGAGGAGCUAUACCAAAACGAAAAAGAAAUUUACUUGUAGUUACAUUUUUAUUCCCAGAUACGAGACUAUUUGGCAAUGGACAGCCGGAAAGAAGAUCUAAUGACCGUAGAACUCCAGCAUCAAGUCCAGCAAGUGUGUCUACCUUACGUGGGGCCAAUAAUACUUCUCAGCCAACAGGACAAGCUCUACAAAGUCCCGCUUCUCCACCUGCUCCUCAAACUCUAAGCCUUCAAGAAUUAACUGUUAGAACAAUUACUAUGACAAGAGAUCCUCCAGAUUCCCAUCAUGGCUUUGGUAUUUGUGUCAAAGGUGGCAAAGAUGCAGAUGCGCAGUCAGGUGUGGGUGUCUACAUUUCAAGGGUAGAAGAAGGUUCUGUAGCUGCUAAAGCAGGACUAAGACCUGGUGACACCAUUCUUGAAGUUAAUGGGACUCCUUUUCGCGCUGUUACACAUGAAGAAGCACUUAAGAUGCUCAAGUCAUGUAGGACUCUCACCAUGACAGUAAAAGGUCCGGCAUUGGAUCCCAGAUGUCGAGGAGGCCAUCCAAUAUGGUCGGGAUCAGGAAGACAACAAUCUUGUUCUUGGAUGGAUCGUCAAGGCCGGCCAGCAUCACCACCACCUCUUUAUCCGCGUGAUUCUCAUUAUGGAUCACGUACGAGAAAAGUUGAACUCUGUAUUGAACCUGGCCAAUCUUUAGGGUUAAUGAUACGAGGUGGAUUGGAAUAUGGUCUUGGAAUUUAUGUCACUGGUGUUGAUAAAGAUAGUGUAGCUGAUAGAGCUGGACUUUUGGUGGGCGAUCAAAUAAUAGAAGUAAAUGGAACGAAUUUUGAGGAAGCAACACACGAUGAAGCAGUUCAGAUUCUGAAAACAAACAAAAGAAUGAGUUUAGUCAUCCGAGACGUUGGCAAAGUACCACAUUCUUGUACAACGAGUCGUCCAAUUAUGAUGCCAACCUCUAGAUAUCCAGAUCAUGAUCCACAGUUAAUUUUAGAGAGUCCUGGAAAUCAUCCUCCAAGUCCAAGCAAUUCAAGAGAAUGGAGACAUCGAGGAGUUCAGUCUGUAUCAGAAGCAAGUUUAGCUAUGGUAGAAGAAAAAGCUCGAGUAGUUUUAGCGAGAAGUGAGCGGAAUGCUUUAUCUCAACUCAUAGCUGAUUACAGAACGCGAAGAUUAACAAUUGGGGAUCUUGUUGCUAAUUUGGCAGACCUUUUGAAUACUCAUGAAAAGUUGACAUUGUUAACAGAACUUCGAGAACUUAUUGAUAGUAAAGAUAGAGCAGCUUUUGAUGAACUCGUUUAUCGGCCACGAGCAUCGACAGCUCGAAGAAAAGGAGAUAGAGCACAUUCAGAUCUGAUCGUCACUCCAUCAAUUCACGAUUUACCCAGAGGAGUUCAAACUGGAUCCUGCUGUCGUCCAGGAAGACUGGUGGACAUCGAGGGGGAUCCGUUAGGGGUCACAGGUCCACUACUACCUCGGGAUAACCAGGACCACAGAUCACCAAGCGAGGACAGCGGUCUGGGUUCAGAUAUGCCAAGAACGAGGCCAGGUUGCAGACGCUCACAACAUCAAGUCGCCACGUCUGACCUCGCUCUCUCUAAUGAUGACGAGUACGACAAUCAGGACUACGAUGACGGAAUUGAUAAUGAUCGAGGUAGAAGACACAGUUCUCCAGGUGGAUCACGAGGGAAUCGAGAUUAUGGCCAUCACCAUCUUCAUCCUGAUAACGUGGAAAGCGACGGCGGUUGCGAGGGUAGCGACGUGGAGAUGAUCGGUAACGGUCGUCGUGACCGUGAUACCGAGGACGAAGACGAAAGCAGGGAAGAAAGAAGCUCGGAGGGUGGAGGUGGGGGAGGUUUUGGUGGUUGGAGAUCACACCUACUUGGUGGUCUUACUCAGCGUGUCAAGUCCUGGUACUGGGGUGCCAGACCCCUUGAACUUGCGCACAAGCUUUCAAGGAGUUUUGAUAUGCAGGAAGCACAAUUGUUGGAGGAGGGAGCAGCUUCUGGUAGUGCACUAGGAAAUGCAUCAACUGGUGGACCUCCACGACGUCAUCACAGCGCACAGAGACUUACACGAAGUGAAAUAUCCGAGAGAAGGGAGGAGGAUGGUGCACUCGUUGUUCCAGACCAUCAAGGAAAUCUCAGGAUCACUGUAAAAAAGACUAAAUCCAUUCUUGGAAUCGCCAUUGAAGGAGGAGCUAAUACUAAACAUCCUUUACCAAGAAUAAUAAAUAUCCAUGAUAACGGAGCAGCCUAUGAAGCAGGCGGUCUAGAAGUAGGCCAAUUAAUCCUCGAAGUUGAUGGACAUAAGGUUGAAGGACUUCAUCAUCAAGAAGUAGCAAGACUUAUCGCCGAAUCAUUUGCUAGACGUGACCGCAAUGAGAUAGAAUUCUUGGUUGUAGAGGCAAAGAAAAGUAACUUGGAACCGAAGCCAACGGCUUUGAUAUUCCUGGAGGCGUAGCAGGAAUCUCCCACCUCCGAGCCGGAACCACCGUAAACUCGUGAUGAUAGGUUUAUGAUGACCUGGAAGAUGCAAUCGUGACCUCGGAAAGAUUUCAUAUUUUAUUGAGAAAAUAACUCACUAUUUUUACAUUGUUUUUACAUAGAACGAUUUUAAAGAAUUAUUAAUAGUUAGACAGUAAAUAAUUUAUGAUUUUUCGAUUUUAUUUCAUUAUCGAUAAAAUUUCAAUUACUAUCAACAUUAUCAAGUUGAUUAGUAUUGAUUUUUGGAAAGUUGUUAUUUUGUUAUCAACUAUUCAUAACAAUAAUGAAGAAAAAAAUCGAAAAAAAAUUUAUUAUUGAUUUUCAUGUUUUUAAUAAGCGAAAAGGUUGUUUUUUUUUUCUUGGAUGAUGUAGUUAAGUAACAAUAAUUAUCCAUCAUUUUUCCUUGGAGGUAUUUGACAUUCUUCAGUGUCUAACGAGUUUCCAAUUACUCCAGCUCGAGAAGGUGGGAAAACACGUGGCUAAAACCGGCAUAGAAGCUACGUACGGUAAAGCAAAAGAGUUUAAAGAUGCAACAGAGUAUUAAUUAUACGAUUAAAGUAAUGAGGCGACUAUAUGUAUAAAAGAAAAUCGAACAAAAUAUGAGAAAUGACAAAUUAACUGCAUAAAUAAUAAUCUUCAUAAAGCUAUUUGAAAGAAAAAAAGAUAUUUAAAAUACACAAUUAUUUCAAUGAAUGAAAAAUAUUAAAAUAAAUAUAUAAAAAGAAAAAAAAACAACAACAAGUGAAUGAUAAGUCAAUGAGUAAAAAAAAAGGUCGCCAAUUGUGCCAAAGAACUUCGAGGACCUCAAUAAUAUUUUUUCAAAAUCAAUUACUAAUUAAAAGACAAAAAAAAAUAAAAUGCUUAAAACGUAACAUAAAUGUUAGUUAAUGAAUAAAUAAAUUAACCAUUCUUGUUGCCUGAAACAUGAUUUAUUGAUGAAUUGAUAAUUUAACUGUUGACUAUUUGACUAAUUAUGUUGAAAAAGUGAAUCGUUAGAAAGUUAUUAUUAUCUAAAAUAAAUUGAUUACUAUAGUGAAUGUAAAAUAUAAUGAAAAUAAAUUGAAGCAUACAUUAGCGUAAAUGUACCAAUGAGCGAUCCUGUCUAAAUUAUUAGUUUGUAGGAUUAACGGAGAUUGGGGUAAGAAGGGCUCUCUAUAACAUCAAGUAGGAAAUGGUUAAAUCAUGAUUAAUAUUGUUGCUUUGAGACUUAUGUUAUUAAGAAAUAAUUUAAUAAUUGUAUUAUCAUUGCGAUAAAAACAAUAGUUAAUAACAGAGUGACUAAUAAAAAUGUAAUAUUUUUAUUUUUAUAUAAUUACAGAAAUUAGAUAAGUAUUAAAUAAAAAUAAAUGAUAAGAUUACUACUAAAAAUGCUUCUUUGUAAUUUCAUUUUACAACAUUGUAAUUUAAAAUACAAUAACGAUUACAAAAUAAGGCCUGCAAUAAUUUGUUUCAUAGAAUAUAAACAUAAAAGUCAAUUAACUGUUGUCAGAAAGUGUAACUGUGGAUGACACGAAUCUGACCUAAAUUUGAAUAUCGUUUGUUCAUGAGGGUCCUAUGUUGCUCCAUCCUCCUUAUUUCUUAAUACGGAUAAAAUUUUUUGUUAAAAAUUAACUUUAAAAUUUAUACCAACUCAAUAAAAUGAGAACAAUUAAAUCUUUAUCCAGUUAUCUGUAAUUGUAUUUAAUUCAUUUUUACUUAUUACUUGAAAAUUAUGAUUAAUUAACUCAUGUUGUAAUACUUGCCCUUAUAUUAUUAAGUUAAUUAGUGAAUAUUUUUUAUGAAAACUAUCAGUUAUUCGGUGAAUAUAAUAUUUUCAAUAAAUGGAAUUGAAGUGUUUAUAAAAAAAAAUUUGUAGUUUUCAAAUUUGUAUCAUAAAAUUGAGAGCAAUUA